CUCCGGCUCUGCCCGCCUCAUUCGGCGCCUUCUGCAGCCUCGGCGAGCGCGCGGCCGGGGGCUCCCUCCAGCCAGUGGCAGCCCAGGCUUGAUCUUUCAUCUGACAUCUCCAGAGAGCCAGCCGCGUCCAGCGCAUUUCCAGCCAGUGCAAACCCCCAGCCCGGAACCAAUUCAAAUUCAAGCAUCUGCAGGGAGAAGAGGAAGAUCCUCAUCUUCUUAAGCCUCCUCAAUGAGUGCCAAGCUCUCCAAGGAGUUGAGGCUGUCUCUGCCACCUUGUCUCUUGAACAGGACAUCUGCCUCCUCCAACGCCAGCAGCACCUGCAUCGCGCAGGUGGGGCAGCUCUUUCAGUCCUUCUCUUCCACUCUGGUUUUAAUCGUCCUGGUCACCCUCAUCUUCUGCCUGAUCCUCCUCUCCCUCACCACCUUCCACGUCCACAAGAGGAAGAUGAAGAAGCGGAAAAUGCAGAGGGCUCAGGAGGAAUAUGAACGGGACCACUGCAGCAGCAGCAGCCCAGAGGCAGGUAUUCAGGGAGAGACACCCCCUGGAAGAACCCCCCGGCUGGGAAGCUCCACCCAGGACUCGGGAAUCCAGCGCCCGUCUCCCCCGGAGCCCCGGAGCGCUCACCCGGCAAGAUCUUGUUUGGACACAGCUAGUGCGGGGCUCCUGCAAACCGUGGUGUUGUCAUGAUUAUUUUGGGGGGACCUCGCCAAGGCUCUGUUUGGUGUUUGUAAAUACUCCAGUGAUGAUUGUAGGCUCUGAAAAGAAAAGUUAUUAAUUAAAACGAACGAACAAACCCACAAUUCAAGCGCAUGACAAAUCACGCUGCGUUUCUCAUUGACUGUGCAAAGAAAGGAUGCGUCUUUUUAACGGAAAAGAAGCUGCACAGUGCUACCAAAUAUACAGUCAUCUGCCCGGAGGCGUGGGGGUGGGGGAUCCCAGUGUGAUGCACAGAGUUAUCAUAAGGAUCGAGAAGAUAUUUCCCCCCAUUCCUCUCCUGGGCUUAUCCCUAAUUGUAUGUUAUAAACGAACAGUUUAGAUUGGGGGGAGGAAGGGCAUGGCACAGGGUGAGAGACAAAGAAAGAGUGAUCUGAACGAUGCAGUGGGAUCCUUAGUCUCUCAAACAAAGGAGAUGAGUGCAGCUCAUGGCGAAAGGCAGGGACCUUUUGCCAGGGGCGGAGAAAGACCCGAUCUUUCUGUAGGGUCUCUUCUUCUGCAUCAAUAACUCUCUCCCUCUCCAAAGACUGGAUAUUGUUUUCUUUAGAAAUGUCCUCCCCUGGUUGAGUGCAAGUAAAACGACAGCCCUCCCCCUCCUUCCCCACUCCAUGGUAAGCCCCUUAGCUCUCGCUCUCUCUCUCUGCAAUAGCCAGUGCCCCGUGUGUCCCGACGCUUGAAAGCAGCCUAGCAGUGCUUCUUGUAUGGGAGGCAGUGGGCUGUUACGUCUUUUCCCCUACACCCACCCCAGCCCACCCCAAGUCACUUUCUAGUGUAAUACUCCAUUCGUUCUAUUAAACCUGGAAUAAGGAAUCUUUUUUUUGCUAACAGAGUAUUACGUGAUGUGCAGUAGUUUACCCCCUCAGAAUGUUUGAUUAUUUAUUUUAAAGAGGUGUGCCCUUGUUAUACCUCCUGUUGGUACUGAAGCAAAAUGUUGUUCUGUACUAUGCACUGUACACUGUAUAUUCCUCUUCGUUUAUAGCUUUUACCCAUUGAAUAAUGAAUUCAGCAGCAGUACAGAUCUGGCUUCUACUUUUUAAGGCAUUUUUAUAUCUUCUGAACCUGUACUAGACUGUUAUGAAUAUCUCUGCCUCCCCCAGGCCCUGAACAAAACCCUAAUGGAUGUGUGAAAAUGCCGUCUAUUAAAUCAUGGUUAAUAUUUCAAAAGAGGCUGAUGUAGGUCUCCCAGGAACGGACCAACAGUUAUUUGACUAUGGAAGGAAGUGUCUGAGUGGCUGCUUGUUACUGUAUGUGUUGGGGGAAUCCAAGGCAAAUUUAAUUACAGUAAAUGCAGCUUCGACUAAACACUUAAACCAGUCACCAUGACUUGCAAACGGUGCCUUAACAGAAUGGCCCUAUCUAAACUUUGAAACCUCUCCUGGUGGUAGUAUUAGAUCAGAGGUGAUGCUCUUCUGUCCAUGUUAAUGAAUAGUAAACACAAAGACAAAAAAUAAUCCAAGAGGAUGUUUUCCCAGAUACACGCUAGAAAUAAAUACCUGUUGGACGUAAUUUCCAACUAUCUUUAAUUUAUAGAAUCCCCUCUCCCCUCCAAAUCCUGGUGGAAAAGAUGGAUGUUAUGUUUUAAAAAUAUGUACACAAUGGGAGGUACUGGAGUACUUAACAGGUGACUAAUACAGUUGAUUAAAUUAAAGAUGGAGAAAUGUGGUGUUGGGAUGGGGCAGUAGAUAGAGCAUUUACUGGUAUUUGUAAUCCUAUUACAGCACCAAAAUGCAGAGGUUGUGGUACUGUAUAUCCAUUCCAUAUUUCUUCUGUUUCACGUCUAGCUAAUCAGAUGAGAAAUCUCUGUUGAGCUAGAAUAUAUGUCUCCAGCAUUUUAGGCAAAUGCUCCAUCAUCCAACUAAAGCUGCUGCUCCAUCUGCUCAGCUCAGUGGGGUAAAAUAUGUCUAGUUAAUAAUAUUUUUACAUUGCAGUUUGAUGAGACUGGCAUCUAAUUCUCAUCGCAGCUAUGAUCAGCUGCUAAUGAUUAUAUUGUUCUCUUUGGAUAAGAAAGUAGGCUAUCCCUUUUUUUCCAGUGUGGAAUAGAUGAACUUUUGUGUUUGACCCCCUUGUACAAUUGCAGCUCAUUAAUGAACCAUCAUGGAAUAAUGAAGAGAAUUCAGUGAACAGCAGUGGAGUUUCCUGGUUGUUGGUGAUCUCCACUAAACAGAAAUAUUACUUUUUCCUUCCUUUUUUGUCUUUUUAAACAAUGUAUAAUUUUCAAUUUUGUAAAAGCAAUAAGAUGUUUCACAUCACUUCAGUGCAUUUCUGGUUGAUGAUUCCGCUCCCCUAGUGUCUGAAGUCAGUCAUUCUUCCUUUUGCCUUAUACACUCAAGGCAUGCAAUAAUUCCCCAGAAGUGUACUGCCUGUCAUAUCUUAUUGCGAUUAUAAAAUUACCCUAUUUUGGAAGAAAAAGGAGGGGGGAGAGAGAGAGAGAGAGAAGCCUGGUGUGUGUGUGUGUGUGUGUGUGUGUAUAUAAAAAUUCUGCUGCCACUAAAAGUAGUUGCAGAAAUGUAUUUAGGUUUUAAAAUCUCUCACAUUUAAAACUCUACCUUCUGUUUAAUUAGCUUAGAUUUAAAUUUUUAAUAUAUCUGUAUUUAUGUAAAUCUAUGUAAAUUAUAUGGUCUAUAGUAAAACUUGAUACUGA